CUAGAAAUGUAAACAAUUCACAUUUACUAGCAGUGCAUCUUUUUAUUUAUAGAUUGAAAUUCUAAAGUAUCCUCAAAUAUCAUUUGAUUGCAGACAUUAUAAUUAAGAGCAGACUUUUUUCAGAGCAUGCCGCACUUUUACAAGUAUAGACAGAAGUAUCUGAGAGCCGUUCUCACUAUUGGAGUAGUGGCUGUAUUGUGCAUUAUCAUAUGGGCAAGUGUUAGUUUCUGCACGCCAGCAAAAAAGCAAGGCCAGGAGGUAUCUGCAGUGAUAAAAGAAGGGGAUAGCAAGUCCAAUGGCAGCUCAGAAUCUAUAGUUUUAUUUGUGCCUAAAAAACAAACUUUGCAGAAUAGCACAGUAGUGCGCAGUGAUAUAGAAAAAAAUAAAUGCACUUGCGCAGAGAACUGUGUAAAUAAAAAGGAUAAUAAAAGAGAGGAGGAUGGCAUAGAAAAGAACACAGAAACAAUAGAGCCGACAACAAGUGAGCAGGCGCCAGGAGAAGCAAAGGAAUGCAAUUUAGACAAAGUUGAAGAGAGUAUGGAUGUAAAUAAUUCAGAGACUAAACUCAAUGCAAAGAACAAACCGGUCGCAAAGAAUACUUCUAUUACAAAUAGCAACCAUGUAAAUAGUAAUAUGAAAAUGAUACAGCUUACAGAGGAUGAGAAGAAGUUAAAAGAAACGAGGGGGUCUAUUUUAAAUAAAGCUAUAGACAGCAGGACGGUGAAUUAUUUAGAGACUAAGCUCAUUAGAAAAGGGCAAGCAACAAUGGAGAGAAAAGUUUUCUAA